AUGAAAUCACCAAUUUUGCCAAUAUCCAAAGGGGCACCGCACGAAGGCUCCGCGGACGACCACGUGGACCCCGUGGACGGCGAUGCCUGUGAGGAUGAGACUUGCAGCGUGCGCUUGCUACAGCGGCAGGCGGCCAAGCUCUCUGCUGAGCUGAACUUCUCGCGUGCAGACACGCAGAGGUGGCAGGGCAACAGAGAAACCGGCUCCACGUGUUUGAUUUACCAUUGUGGCAAGCAGCUUGGACCCACUGAGUGCCACCACUACAGAUGCAUCUGCCAGCACGGCUAUCAGUACAGCGAGCUCACAAAACGCUGCGAGUCGGAGACUUCCUCGCCGGUGCAGCGCGACACGGGUGGCUCCUGCUGGAUUUGGCCUUGCAGCAGAUGGAGAGGCCCCACGGAAUGUCUGCACCACAAGUGUUGGUGCUUAGAGGGUUACAAGGCGGUGCGUGGCUACUGUGAGAAGGACGAGACGCCGCAGCCGGCCACCACCACCACGAAACCGGGCGAGGGCCUAGCGGUUGCCACUGGCCGUCCCCCAGCCAUGCAAACCUCCUGCGCUUGGGGGGACGAACAGUGCGGUGGUGCCGGUUGGUCGGGCCCAAGUUGCUGUGAGGCAGGCUACUACUGCGACGGCUCCACCUGUGUCAAGAUUUCUGAGAAGUUGGUGGUGCCCAAGUACGGCUUCAGCGAUGCUUUGAGGAAGAAAAGCCAAGGGAAGCUCUACACCUUCUACGUGUACCGUGCGCAAGGCGAGACCACCUAUCCACCUGAGAACGUGAACGUCGCGGAUCUGGGUGGUGUGAUGUGGUAUCUCCACAACGAGAUCGUUGGGCGUGCCGAUUGGGGCUACAAGCGCAAGUUUGAUAUCACCCGGAUCCUUCGAUACAAGGUGCAGACGCGUGCGACGCAGCCACUGGUGGAUCGAGGGAUGAAUUUUGGCGUUCGCUUCGCCUUCGACUCAGGCCAGUGCACGGGCCCCUUCUCUUGCGACGAGGCCUGGCAAAACUACGGUUACUUCGUGGGCUGCAACAAACUACAAACUGGUUUUCCUUUUCCUGAUUUCAAGGUGGCUUACGAUGGUGUUUGGUACAGUUUACCAGGCAAAUGUCCACAGAUGAAAUUUUUCGAAAAGACCAACACGAGCGCUCAGAGCCACGGACUGCAGUGCAUCGAGGAUCAGCCCGGAGGCUUCUGUGAUGAGCCGUCGGGGACGGCAGACUGCACCUACAAUUUUGAGGAUGCGGGUGAAAUUUCUUUAGAUGAGCUGGAGGGCAUUUCGGGAGACUACCAUGCCUGGAUCAAAUCCGGAAAGCGAGAGUACGACAGGAUCACGGAUCAUGGCACUGGUAUGACCUUUUGGGACAAGUUGGAUGACCCAACGCUGGCCAAGAAGCGCGUGAGCGCCGCCAAGGCCCUCUUCGAGUGCCAUGGAUGGAGGUUUUGA